GCUACUGAAUUGGAAUCCUGUGAAUUUUAACAUCUCAUGAUUCCAAUUUCAUGCCAACAUCAAUUCUCGUGGUGAUCAUGCGCGCGCAUUUCUAGUUCGGUGAUUUUACGUUUCUGGGGUCUACCACGGACUUACUAAAAAAUUUCGGGCCGACUGUACCCCAACCAAGUUUUGUUGUGGAAGGUAAUGAAUAAGUCCAUUUUUAUUAUUUUUGUUAUUAAUCGGCAUCUGCACACUCAUCAUAGCAUUUCUUACGGUUAAGAUGGCAGAGGAGAUAGAUGUAAUCGAUAUCUCAUUAACAACUUGUAAUUGUGAAAGAGAUUUGGUUAUCAAGCAGAGUAUUAUUGAUAAAGCACCAUUUGACAUGCUCAAAAUCGAUGAUCCAAGUAUACUUAAUACUUUCGAGGGGCGAGAAAUAUGUGGGGGAUGCUACAAGUCGCGGAAAUUUUUCUGUUAUACUUGUUGUGUGCCUGUCAUUGAUAAGAAGUAUUUUCCACAAGUUAAGUUGCCAAUCAAGAUUGAUAUAAUUAAGCAUCCCAAGGAAAUCGAUGGUAAAAGUACGGCGAUUCACGCCAUGCUGCUGGCGCCACAAGACGUGAAGAUUUAUACAUAUCCUGAUUUUCCGGAGUUUGCGAAAGAUGAUAAGUUUGUGUUGCAGGCAGCACUUGAAUGGUUAUAAAAAGAUAAUUUAAAACAGCUUCCGG